GCGUCACAGAGCAGCAGCAAAGACUGCAGGAAGGCUGCGCUGACAUGCCUGAGCGUGCACACACACACACACACACACACACAGUGCAGGCAGGGGGGAAAGAAAUUUGGUCCGCAGUGGUCCGAGGAAGCCUGAGAGUCCACAAGGAGUCACUGCUGACCUCCCGGUGCAUCUUCAGAGGAGCGACCCGAUGCAGACGUCCAUGUUGGCAAGUUGUGACAAGACGGACAGAAGCAGGCGGAGGUUCUUCAAUGGACUCGUGUGUUCUGCCGCCUCUGGACCUCCACAGGAAACUUUGCAGAAUUGUAGCAUCUUAAAGAACAAAACUUGGACUUCUUCUUUGACGUUGGAACUUUUUCUUCUUCUGCUUUGACUUGAUGAACCCUAAAAGAGCAACUCUUGGACUGAACAGGACUUCAUGAAGGAAAGGGUUGGCGUGAGGUGGAAGGAUGACCUCAAGGUGAGUGAUCUGUCCUCAUGUCACUCAGAACCCUUCAUGGGUCAGGGGUGACGCAAAACUGCAUCAGAGCGUCUCAAGUUGCGGGCCACACACAUUAGACCUGAACAGAAGACCUCCUGGUUCUCAUUUGGUUCUCCCUCGAGCGUCCCGCUUCAUCAAGUGGGCCCGAGAGGAGGCGUUGUGUGACAGGCUCCAGCACCAGAACCGCUGACUGACUUCCAGUCAGCUUUUUGGAACUAAGAUCUGACCACAAGAAGAAGUCGUAAGAGGAGCUGAAGGAAAACGGGGUCUGGUUCUUGGAGCAGGAAGACAAAUAUGUGCAGCAGAACUAAAGACCCAAGACGUCUCUGAGGUUUUUGUCUUCAACAUCAGAGAGAUCUGAAGGCGUUUAAAAAGCUGCUAGCAGAUGACGGACGUCGGGUCUCCUGUGACGAGUCGGAGAAAACCAGUCCGCGUUGCUUUGUUUUCAUGAAGGACAUUCCAAGUGUCAGGGUUUGAUUUCCUUUUCCCAGAGAGCACAGCCAGCUGGCGGCGGUUUUGGUUCUGAUUCUGGAGGACGUCCAAUGAGUCCAGAUGUCCACACAUCAACCGCCUGCUGUCAUUGGACGUCUCACGGCACCAGCUGCUCCCCGUCCAGGCUCGUGUUUUGAUGAGUGCAGAGCAUCGAGGAAGACAUGUCCGUAAUUUAUUCACCUUCACCUAGAAGCUUCUUAACUAUUUGUGGAAGGACGGUAGGCGUGGUCACAGCCGUCAUGGCCGCCGGCGUGUGCUUCCUGCGCUGGGUGGGCCUCAGGUUGUGGUCUCGCCGAGGGACACUGGUCUUGGUUCUCCUCUGGCUCGGGUCCUGGGUGCUCCUCAACGGCCUGGUUCUGGUCCACAGGAGGAUCCUGUCUGACUUCUGCACGGACGACAGGAGCAAGAAGAUCCUGCAGCGGCUGUGUUCUGACUUUGGCCAAGGCUCGGCGGCGGGCGACAUGUGCACGGAUCUUUGCGUCCGCGGCCUGGUGGAGUACAAGCGCUGUCUCUACUACGAGAACGGCAAGAAGGUGAUGGAGGUCCACUGGAGAGGACAGCCUGUAAUCCUCAAGUCCAAACUGGAGAACUUCUCCUCCUAUGAGCCUCUGGGAGUUCUGGACUACCAGCAGGAGCCAGCAGAGGAUGCGUCCGCUCUUGAUGUGGUUCUCUACGCCACUCUGGAAGUCCGUAAUUGGCUGGGUCUGACGGAGGAGGAAGAUGAUGAUGAAGGAGGGGGAGGAGUUGCUAGUUCUUUGUCCAAACUGUGGAACGGGAGGCUCAGGUCCGAAGACAAGACCUACUCCAGAGCUGAGCUGGCGUCCUUGUGGUCUUUGCUGCAGCAGGAGGAGUACACCUUCCUCAGGGUCCUGCAGGACCUCAGCUCACACGUGGCCAAGGUGUUGGGUUCCUGCGGACACUUCUACGCAGUGGAGUACUUGUCUGCAGGCCACGCCUGGGACCAGAACAUUUUCUCCCUGGAGGAGGUGGUCGGGUCCGGGCGUUUGGGGCCGUGGAGCGCCCGCCAGAAGGUCCAUCGCAUCGCGCUGAGCUUUCUGGACAUGGUGCACCACUUUGACAACGACUUCACGCACAAAGUCCACCUGUGUGACGUCAAACCGGAGAACUUCGCCAUCAGGAAGGACCUGACUGUGGUGGCCAUCGAUGUGGACAUGGCCUUCUUCGAGCCCAAGAUGGAGGACAUCCUGGACCAGAACUGCAGCAGCGACGACGACUGCAACUUCUUUGACUGCUCGUCUUCGUGCAACCUGAUGAAAAGACGCUGCAGCCGCCAUCGCUCCAACUCCAACCUGCAGGUCAUUUGCGAGAAGAUCUUCAGGCUGUGGUUCUCCCCCACGUUGCUCGGGGCAAAAGCAGGGCUGCCCCUGCAGGUGGAGCUUCAGCGGGCUGUGCAGGAAUGUUCCGAGUCAGGCGGCGUGGACCGAGGAAGAGGCCGGGAUGUCCAUCGGCGGCUCCUGGACAUCCUGACUCGCCUCCUCCAGGAGGGAGGGGGAGCUUCAGGAGAAGGAAGGCGCUGAACUUCUGUAGGAUUUCCAUCCAUUUCCUCAGUGAGGGUGUUCAUAGUUAAGGCGGUACAAACAGGAAGUACAUGGUGGACAGGGAGGAAAGGCAUCUUGUUUCAGGUCUGCGAUCAAAGGUCUCCAUGAUGUGAUCAUGCCAUCGCUUUUUGUCAUCAUGGCGGCUGAGUGGUGGACUUCAAAGGCACCCUUCAAGCCUGCAAGAUGUAGCUCAGGUUGUUACUUCCACGCGGCAUUUCCUGAGGGAAUUCGUGCCAUGUGACCUCCAAACUCUUUCAUGGUUUCAGGCAUUUUAAAGGAAAAUAAAAUAAGCGGAACAAGUAUUUGCAACUGCAAGGUCAAGGGUCACGCAGUCCUAUCCUGAGCGUAGUCAGGUGACGACCCUCAAGGAUCAAAGAUCAAAAUAACUUGGUGUCAUCUUACUGUGGCCUCGGGCUCACUUUUGACUCCCCACAACCCCUCGCCCCCACCCCCACCCCCCAGUGACCCCUCAAGACCCAGCUAGCUCGUUAUUCAAAAUCAGGAAACUGGUUAAGGCGAGAACAGCUCGUUUACACUUUAGGGGGGGAAAGAGUUCAACAACUCAAACUAAAAACAGACACAAACCUCAAACUUAGGCACUUCAUGAAGUACUUUGUAAAUAUUUCGUAAUAAUAAUCUUUCUCAGCAGCAUAUUGGCCGCAGGUCAAACGUCAGGGCAGCUACUUAUUGUGUAAAUAUGUUUGUUGAUGACAAAACACACACACAGACACGACGGAGUCUUCAACAAGUCAGUUACAAGUCCACACUUGAACUCAACACAACAGUAUUUUAUGUGUUGCAGCGCCGCUUUGUGGCCAUUCAUCACACAUGCAUGAUAGUUGUGUGUCUUUUAGUUGAUUCCAGUUGCUAUGUAUGCAGCUGUGCCAUUGGGAAGGUUUAAAUUAUAACUAUAAAUAUUAAGCAUUUUGUGUUGUUUUGUUAUACUUCCAGUGGAAAGAGGUCAAAUAAAUAAUAAUAAUCUCAUUACAAAUCGAAAGAAACAGGCUUCUUUUGACUGUUUUGAUUUGUUUGCUAAUCCAGACAACGUCGAAAUAAAUAGUGAAGUACCAAACAACUGCAUAAUUAUAUCAACGACAUAACAAAGUUGUAAUAAAGAAAAUGUCCCGAGGAGGGCAGUAGAGCAUUGCUGUUGUCUAGCAACCCAAGAAGAAGAUGAGCGGAAAAUUAGCAGGACCUUUUCGGUCAUGGUGCAGGUUUCCGGCGGAACUUUAAUACGCACGGACCCAUGCAGCACCGAAGCUGAACAACUUUUAUUUUGUGAUUGCUGAUGUAAAUCUACAUUGUCACAAUCAUU